AUGUCCUCAAUAGUCCAAGAAACCUAUGAUGAAUCCUUCGUCUGCGGAUGUCUAAACUACCAGCAACCCAUGAACUGCAGAUACUGCGGCGGCCUUCCGAAACUGGUAUUCAACUGCUCUCACUGCGAAGGCAGAGGCUACGUCUUCUACCCAUGCCCGCGGUGUCCUCCGCGUGACGGUAGGGUAUGCUCGCCAGAGACCUCUUCUUCAAAUGGUGAGGAUUCGCGGUUCGGUGGGGGGGAGAGUGGCCGGCCUGGUGCCAAGGGGAAGAAGAAGAAGGUGAAGACUCAGAAGCGCCGGGGCUGA